AAACUGCGAAAUCAAAUGAAAUUGUUAUUGUAAAUAUUGAUAACUCUUUAACUCUUGGUCUUCAUAGUUUAUGCUGACCCUUAAUGUCUGAACCAAUAAGGUAAAAAGGUUGAUUGGUUUAUAGCCCUUAAGCUCCCUUCUGGUGCUGAGUAUGCUUACUGUGAUUCAGAAAACUGUUAGACCCUUAAAAUUUAAAGCUAACCAUUGGAUGAUGUAGACUCCUCUCCCCUCUUAAAGACUUUAAAGUAGAUCGAAUAAGUAAAAUCUGAGGAAUAUUCUACACUUUUCUGGAACGACUAACCUCCUACAUAAUCUGCUUCCUCAACUUACGCUCACGCAAAAGGUGUGAUGGGAAUUGGAAGUGAAUAAGGUUUUUUAAUUGUGCAUAGUACUCCUAAAUUCCCAGAAAUUUAAAAUGGAAAAAUAGUUCUUGGAAUCAAGUCUAAUCAAUAAAUUUAUGGCUAACACUACUUCUGUAUUUCAACCACCAACCCUUAACUUGAUAAGAUAGCUUCUGCUUAUAAUGUUGACUAUCCCUUUGUUUAUGAUGGAUUCGUUUCAAAAAUGCAUUCCUAAUUCCCAUACUUUACUCGUAUGCUUAAAAACAUCAGAGAUGUAGAAAAGGAUUAAGAUACUGUUAACUUUAAAACCUUAAAAGGUGUUUCUAUGAUCAAAUUUUCUAAAUCAGGUAAGUGGGCUGUACCUUUUUAUGACAAGGUAGCUGCUACCAAUCUGAAAACAAAUCUUUUUGUUGAAAGUUGGGGAUCUCCUCAAGAAGAACCAGAGUGCAGCUAAGGUAGCUUUUCUGUCUAUUCUAAUCUUUAUAUUGAUUUCUAACAAAGUGGAAUACAAUAUAAAUGGACCAAGGAUCACUCUAAGUAUGCAAUCUCUUCUGAUUCAAGUAAACCAUAUGUUUGCCUUGGUGAUAUCAAUAGAUAAACUUCUCAAUGGAAGAGAGGUGGUGGAACUGUUUGUUUCUAAAACUAAUAGGUUUACAAUAACUUUAAAAAAAUAAUGGUUUAACAGUAAGACUGUUCAAGCUGA